AUGACAACUAGUACCACCACAACAUCAAUAACUACCAUAAUGAGCACCACGAGUACCACGAUUACAACAAGCACAACAAGCAGUGCUGCUAUGUCAACUAGCACUACUACGAGUACCACAACGUCAACUAGCACAAUUACAAAUACCACCACUACAAGUACCACAACGACAACCAGUACCACAACAAGCACCACGACAAUAAGUACGAGUGUAAUAACCUCAGCAACUAGUAACACUACAAGCGCAACUUCAGAUAAUACACUAUCACGAGCAAGUAUGGAAGUGUUGUCAACAACAGAGAUGACAAGCGCAGUAAUAGCGAGUAGUUCGAGUGGAGCCACAAGUGAAGCCUCGAGUGAAUUUACUGAAUCAGGGUCGGCAUCGAAUAUAAAUAUUGUUACUUUCACAUAUAGUACAACAAUAGAAUCAACUGAACAAUCGUCUUCUUUAGCGACUUCGAAAAUAAAUACGGAUCAAUCGUCUACUGCGGGUGCAUUUUCAACUGAAGGUGGGACACCGAUGAAGUCUUCUUCGUUUUAUGGGACAGGAUAUACUAGUUCUUACAUUGAUGUUACUGAAAUGAUAUUGAGUGAUACAACUCGUCUGCAAACAUUACUAUCAUCAGUACCUGUAGUGGUUUUCACGUCUACCACAUAUCAUACGACGACCAUUUGCCAUACAUUUCCACGUGAACUCUUCACAUCCAUCAACAGUGAAACAACAAGUUUGAAUACUUUAUCAACUCAGACGACAACGCCUUUCCAAGAUUCUCUGGUGUCUAUAAUUCGUAGUAAUCAAUCGAAUGCAAGCGAAAUUGCUAAUGCUCUAAUUGCAUACUUCAACCAGACAAUAGUAAAUGAAAAAUUGACACCAGAUGACAUCGACUAUGCUGUUUCUCGAUUAAAUAUUAGCGUUAACGUCAGUGUUGAAAACGGGUUAAUUAUGUCACAAAAGCCUUUAAUAGAUAAUAGGAGCCCUAUGAUAGGUGCCGUUUUUCUAACGCAGAGUGGUGGUAAAAUUGUUGUACAGCAGUCUUCUAUUAGAGAUGUCAAUGCAAAUAUUUCUGUGGGUGGUAUUUAUAGUCUCAAAUCAUUCGAUUCUAUUGAUUUUCUCCGAAUAUUGCUGAUCGAUAAGCCUAUUGAAUAUCUAAAUGUGACGGACACGCUGAAUAGAAAAUUGGCAUCAUCUGUUGUAGUAGCCAAUCUUCAAAGCAGUGAUAAGCAGCUUGUAUCAGGCAUGAAUAUUUCCCUCUAUUUCCGCGCUCGGAAAGAUUUCGUUGUAGAUCCAACCAAAAACGUCGAUUUCUUUUGUUCUUUUUACGAUAGCCACACGGCAAGCUGGAAUGAAUCAGGAUGUUCAAUGCCGGUUUAUAAUUCUACUUGGGACCGAUACGAAUGUAAUUGCAAUCAUUUAACUUCAUUUGCUCUUAUAUGGUUGCCGAAAACCUCAGAAAGUGGCAAACUCACUGCUCAGGACAUUGCAUCACUCGUAUUUCAAUCUAUUUCAAUCAUUUGCUUCCUGGCUGUGAUUAUCCAUGUCAUUUAUACUCGAAUCACUAAUUCAGUUAUGAGUCUACAAGCGAAGGAUCUCUUACCACUUGUAUCAACUGCAGUAACGAUGAUUCUAUUUAUUUUUUACAUUGCUCUUACUUUGACUGUGUUUAUGUCACCCGAGUCAAAGGAUUCACAAAUUUGUUUCCUAAAUGCUAGUAUCCUCAUGUUCUUCGUCUAUUUUCUUCUAAUACUUAUGUUUUGUAUUAAAACAAGCGUCGCCUACUUCAAUUAUAUUAACUUUGUACAUCUAUUUCCUCCGGCAUCAUUCAAACAACUAUAUACUUUUCUUAUUACUUCUUUUUUUAUUUCUAUCACAUAUGUUGCAUUUGCUGCUGGCUUUAAUUCGAAUUCAUCUCUGGGAAUCACGCAACUGUAUGCAAUGAAAAUAUGUUGGUUUACUCGUCGUGUUAUUCACUAUUUUGUGACAAUACCGAUUUGUUUGUGUCUUAUAUUGAAUAUAUAUAUGCUUUUGCUCGUUGGUAAGCGGCUAGUUGAUCACCUAAGACGUUCUAAGUCGCCCCAUGGGACUUAUGAACGAAUGAAGCGAUGUGUACUGGUGUUAAUUGCAUCAUGUAUCACUCAAGGUAUUGGCUGGCUUUUUGGACUGUUUUUACCAUUUGUAGAUGAACAAACUGCAGACAUAUUGGGAUGGUUCUUCGUUGUUUUCAACGCUUUUGAAGGCUUUUGGACACUGAUGCUUUAUAUUUUAAUUCAAAGAAUGAGAAUCCAUGAGCAGAGGCGCCUUCUUCCUGCAAGAGCGCUUCAACGCAAAGAAAAAUCGAAAGCUCAGAUGUUGUCGAUUGGUAAACAACACAACAACGAAGAUAUACUCACAAUUAGUCCUGUUCGAAUCGAUUUUUCAAAUAUGCGGAAAAUAUCACCGUCAAUGGAUGGCUCAUUUGAUGCAUUUCAUAAAUUUUCUAUCGUACCAGAGGCUGAUGUUUAA